GCUGGCCGGGGUCAGAAGAGGAGGUGGCAACUGUGGGUGCGAGAGUAGUGCGAGGGUGCGAGAGUAGUCUGGGUCCCCUGCACGUCUCCUACCCAGUCAACAUACACUUGUUGGUGGUAAUACCAGUCCUAAUGGUGGUGUGGUGGAAGUAGCGGGGUGUAAAGUAGACUGAGAGUAGCUCCAGCUCCAGGGUUGACGGGAGUGUUUAGUGUUACUGUCUGAGGAAGGUAAACUCUGCCGCUUGAGCGACAUGGCUACUCAACCUUCAACGCGAUUCAGCGAGAAUUAUGAGCUGAAGGAGGAACUAGGAAAGGGCGCGUUUUCCGUGGUGCGGCGAUGUGUGCAGAAGACGACGGGACUGGAGUUUGCUGCCAAGAUCAUCAACACCAAGAAGCUGUCCGCCCGAGAUUUCCAGAAGCUGGAGAGAGAGGCCAGAAUUUGCAGAAAGUUACAGCACCCAAAUAUAGCAGCUGAACACAGCGAGCACAGUGUGACCAGGCUACUGGUCCGCCUACACGACAGCAUACAGGAGGAGUCCUUCCACUAUCUGGUCUUUGAUCUAGUGACGGGAGGGGAGCUGUUUGAAGACAUCGUGGCGAGAGAGUUCUACAGCGAGGCGGACGCUUCACAUUGUAUUCAACAAAUAUUAGAGAGUGUUAACCAUUGUCACCAUAAUAAUAUUGUCCACAGAGACCUCAAGCCAGAAAACUUAUUGCUGGCCAGCAAGGCCAAGGGCGCCGCGGUCAAGCUGGCUGACUUUGGUCUGGCCAUCGAGGUGCAGGGUGACCAACAGGCCUGGUUUGGAUUUGCAGGCACGCCGGGUUACUUAUCACCAGAAGUUCUCAAGAAAGAGCCGUAUGGAAAGCCAGUAGACAUUUGGGCGUGUGGUGUGAUCCUGUAUAUACUGCUAGUGGGUUAUCCUCCAUUCUGGGAUGAAGACCAACACAGGCUCUACGCACAGAUCAAAGCAGGCGCUUACGAUUAUCCAUCACCUGAGUGGGACACUGUAACUCCUGAAGCCAAAAACCUCAUCAAUUCCAUGUUGACCGUUAAUCCUGCCAAACGCAUCACCGCGGCUGAAGCUCUUAAACAUCCAUGGAUCUGUCAACGUGAGCGUGUGGCUAGUGUAGUACACAGGCAAGAGACUGUUGACUGUUUGAGAAAGUUCAAUGCCAGAAGAAAAUUAAAGGGUGCGAUCCUGACGACAAUGCUGGCGACUCGCAACUUCUCCACACGCAAACAAGAAAUCAUCAAGGCCACCGAGCAGCUGAUUGACUGUAUAAACGGUGGAGACUUUGAGGGUUAUACCAAAAUAUGCGACACUCACCUGACCUCGUUCGAGCCAGAGGCGUUAGGCAAUUUAGUGGAGGGCCUGGAGUUCCACAAAUUUUACUUUGAUAAUGUACUUGGGAAAAACUGUAAAGCAGUGAACACAAUGAUCUUAAAUCCACAUGUGCAUCUGCUUGGAGAUGAUGCUGCCUGCAUCGCUUAUAUUCAACUCACACAGUAUAUGGAUAAGCAGGGGCAAGCCCACACACAACAAAGUGAGGAGACAAGGGUAUGGCACCGACGUGACCAUAAAUGGCAGUGUAUGCACUUCCAUCGUACAGGGUCCCCUUCCUCCCCUUUUGCACUGGGUACUAAGUAAGCCCUUAGGAUAACUAAGGGUACUGGAUACCCUGGUGAGGAUUGGAAUAAAUGUUUGGUUGUUAUAUCAGCCUCUGUGGAAUUUUGAGGGUUGGAAACAUUUAAAUAUUUCCCUCAUCCAGUGUUCAGGCCUCAACUUAGCCAUUCAUCUUUAAAGGACCAAAGUGCUUCGAGACCUGAAGUGGUUUUGAAUUGUUGGGAAGAACUGUGUAAGAUGAACAAAGAAAGUGUCUGUUCUAACCCAAUAUGUUCUGCAGAUUGUCUACCUUAUUCCUAGUACAGUAUUCUAGGUGCAGGUUAGCAUUUGAUAUGCCAGGUUUAUGCUGGAUUUCUUGAUGGUUGCCUAUAUUUUGAGGAUUGAAUGUUCCCAUUGUACUAUUGCUACAAGUAUAUUAAUAGAUGUGUGGCAUAAUUUUAGAUUUAAAACAAACUCUCUUUGUUGGACAAUUCUUCAGUGAUUUGUGCACAAUUUAUGGCUCAUGAAGUUCUCAGAUGCUAGAUAGAAAUUAAUAUGUUAUUGAAAAUACUGUAGGAAUGCAUUUCUUAUAAGCAUCUUACAUUUGCCUAAUAUACAGAAUCAUUUUACAUAAGCCACAUCCAUUUCUGAUAGUUAGUUCUAUUAACUAUAAAGAGAACAAAGAAUUAACUGUGGAUAAUGCUCUUGCUGAAAAAUCUUGCCAUUAAGUAACGGGCUGAGUGCAUCAGUGUCGAAGCUUAAUCAUCUCCUCAUCCCGUGUUGUUUACAACUGCUUCAAUCAUCUAGUGCUGCAGUACAUGUCGGCUAAAUCAUCAAAAUCCCUAUGUUUGAAAUUAAUGGACAUAAUUUAAAACACACACAUAUAUAUAUCUAUAUAUAUCUAUAUAAUA